AUGCAAGACCACAUUGGCAUUCCUGCUUGCUUCUCAUCAGGUGAGAAGUUAAGUGAUGAUGCUUCGGCUGUGACUAGGUCAGGCCACAGUGUGUGCAUGUCAGUGUACAGAGCCAAGAUAGCCGGUCAGAGCCGCUUGAUCACGAUCACAUGGUGCAAAAACCUGCUCCUCCACGGCCUGUCGGUGUCCGUGGAGGGUCCGGAUGGAGAUCAAACCCAGCAGCACACUUGCAAAGUUGAACUCAAGCCGUGGUACUUCUGGAGGAAGCAAGGUUCCAAGCGCUUUGUGGUUGAUGAGAAAGCAGUGGAAAUCUUCUGGGACCUCAAGGCGGCGAAAUUUAACGGCGGGACGGAGCCGAAGUCGGAGUACUACGUGGCGGUUGUUUGUGACGAGGAAGUUGUUUUGGUUCUUGGUGAUCUCAAAAAAGAUGCUUAUAGAAAAGCAGGUUUUAGACCUGCCCUGACUGAUCCCACUUUGGUUUCCAAAAAGGAGCACAUUUUUGGUAAGAAGAAGUUUUCCACAAAAGCUAAGUUUUAUGAGAGAGGCAGAUCGCAUGAAAUUGCAAUUGAAUGCAAAAACAGAGGUGGUGGCGGCGGCGGUGGCAGCGGGAGCAUUGGGAGUGGAAGUACCCUUAAUGGGGUGGAGCCAGAGUUGGAGAUUAGGGUUGAUGGGCAUUUGGUGGUUCAUGUGAAGCAUCUUCAAUGGAAGUUUAGAGGUAAUGAGUCCAUUCACAUCAACAAGUUGAGAAUUGAGGUUUAUUGGGAUGUCCAUGACUGGCUUUUUAGUCCUGGAUUAAGGCAUGCAUUGUUUAUUUUCAAGCCAAAUUUGCCUGCUUCAAGUACAUCUCUAUCGCCAUUGUCGAGAACCUCGUCGUCCUCACCGCCAUUUUCGUCAUUGGCAUCAACUCCAUUGUCAUCUCAGACUAGUUCUGGGUCAGUAGAAGGGAUUAAUAACGCAACUUCUGCCGGUUCAUCUGAGUUUUGCUUGUUUCUUUAUGCCUGGAAAGUUGAAUGA